AGUUCCAACAGCUGGCGCACAACAUGUUGCGCAACGCGGCUCUAGGUGGCCAAACAAUACUGACGUCACGGUCAUGUGACUGUUCCGCUAUACCACGAGGUCGCAGUGUUUACGCGGGAGUUGUGAAGCUGCGGGCUGAUGGCGUAUUCGAGCGGUCGUGACUUCCCUGUGACGAAACUCAGCCGUGUGGUUGACUGCGGGAUAUUGUACCUGUGCGGUAACUGCCGUCUGCCUGUAGGGGACACAAACGACUGGACCGGGAAUGACUCGGCCAAUAAUGCAGUGCUGCUGAAAGCCGUUUCACAGUUUGUUAAAAGCGAAAGACUGAAGAAAUCCACUGAUCCCCAUGAUGCUGGCAGCCAGUACAAGCCUCUGACCUGCAGCAAGUGCCACCAUGUUCUUGGCAAGUUUUACUCUUCUACACCAGUCCAUCUGAACUACAAAUGUAAUCUGUACAACAUUGACAAUGCUGCUAUUACAAGAUACACAUUUGGAGAGAAUCUUCAGCAGAUAAUUUCCACAUCUGAUGCCCCAGUUACCCUCGAGAUGUGUCAUUAUUAUGAAGAAGAAUUUAAAAAGCAAAAGGUACUUUUAAACAUAUUAUAUGAAAGACUUGUAAAGCUGGAAGAAAGUUUUCCCUCUGGAGCAUCUCUGAGCGUACAAGAGGGUCCAUCAACCUCAAGGUCACAGCCCUGACUUUUCAGUGACUGCACACUGGCACUCCAGUUUGGUUAGGUGAAAGAAGUUUGUGAUCUCUUGGAGUCCAAGGAUGCAUAACAGUCUGAUUCUCUGUCUGGACCGGUUCUCAGCAAAAGACACUUUACUGAUAUGGGUUAGAGACCAGCAGUUUGGGUUGGCUUCUGUGUUGUUUAUAAGAAUACAUUUCAACGUACAUUCAUGGGUUUGUGUUUUAACUUUGGAACUGUAUGAAAAACUGAAUAUUUAUACCUGACAGUUAAUGCUUA